AUGGCCCCUCUGCUCGUUCGGUCGGCUCAGGAAGAUGAGCACCAACACUGGACCGACCCCAUCCUUUUCGAGGACACUCGAGCCAGACUGGAACAUUUCCGUCGUUCUGGAUGGCUACCUCCAAACUUCAAACCGAGGACUUUACUAGGUAUUGCCGUUGUCGAGCGCUACUGGCGAAAGUGA